UUGCCUUUCUUGUGGGCGGGGUUUGCGCUGCGGCCACGCCUCCUCCGUCGGCAUCGCAGCUGCCGCCGCUGCUGCUGCUGCGGGGCUGGAGCUCAAUCCGCUCACUAGACCUACAGCGGCAGGAGCAGGAGCAGCGGUGGGACCGGAGAAUGCUCGCUGUCCGGAGAACAUAGAUGUGCAAAAGCUCCCUGGAAUAUCCGAGCGCUGGAGAGGCCAGAAACAACAGCCGUGGAGGACAGCCCUCAUCGACGCUUCAUAAGGGACAGACCUACGGUGAAGCCAUGGCGGUAGAAGAAGAAGGUCUUCGGGUUUUUCAGAGCGUUAAAAUAAAAAUAGGGGAAGCAAAAAACAUCCCUCCAUAUCCGGGACCAAACAGGAUGAGGGACUGUUACUGCACCGUCAACCUGGACCAGGAAGAGGUCUUCAGGACCAAGAUCGUGGAAAAGUCACUUUGUCCUUUCUACGGGGAGGAUUUCUACUGCGAGAUCCCACGCAGCUUCAGACAUCUCUCCUUCUACAUUUUCGACAGGGACGUAUUCAGGAGGGACUCCAGCAUUGGCAAAGUUGCCGUGAAGAAAGAGGACCUGCAGAAAUACCAUGGGAAAGACACCUGGUUCCAGCUGCAGCCUGUCAGCGCUGACUCAGAGGUGCAGGGAAAAGUGCACCUGGAGCUGCGUCUGAGCGAAGUUAUCACCGACAGCGGCGUGAUCAGCCAUAAACUGGCCACACGGGUGUUGGAGUGCCAAGGCCUUCCGAUUGUUAAUGGACAGUGUGAUCCCUACGCUGCUGUUUCCCUACUCGGUCCUUCGAGGUCAGAGGCCAAGAAGACCAAAGUUAAGAGGAAAACCAACAAUCCCCAGUAUGAGGAAAUUUUCUACUUUGAGGUCACGCGGCCGCUGAGCUACACCAAGAGGCAGUUUGACGUGGAGGAGGAGGACGUCGACAAGCUGGCCCUGAGGGUGGAUCUGUGGAACGCCAGCAACCUGAAGUUUGGGGACGAGUUCCUGGGUGGGGUGCGGGUCCCGCUGCGGGUUUUGGGCCAAGCUGGAGUGCACGAUGCCUGUGUCUGGACCCGUUUCUCCCCUAAACGCAUCUGUUGGCUGAGCUUUCACAACGACUGACUGUAUGAGCUCUCU